CACGGCACCUUGCCGCGCAUGUGCAGGCGGAGUCUGCGGAGUGGUGCCGUGGCGGCGGAGGAGCGCAGCGCUGUCUGCCGGCCGGAGAUGCGUGACGUUGUGUUCUGAGGAGCGGCCAGCGGCGCGAUGGAGCGGGCCAGGGACCGUUUACACUUGAGACGGACUACAGAACAGCACGUACCAGAGGUGGAAGUCCAAGUCAAACGUAGAAGGACAGCCUCACUGAGCAACCAGGAGUGUCACGUGUACCUGAGGCGAUCUCAGCAGCAGCAAGUACCUGUGGUGGAUUUCCAGGCAGAACUGAGACAGGCAUUCUUAGCUGAGACACCAAGAGGUGGUUAAAGCAGUAUUGGAACACCAAGGUAGCUGAUUUCAAGAGAAAAAUAAAAACAGGUUAUAGCUGAUGAAAUCAUGAUCAGGAUUAAACAACUAAUUAAAGGGUAGGAUGUUUGGAGGUCAUUUAAUUAUUUGGGAUAUAUUCAAUUUCUUUUCCUUAAAGGCAUCAUACAAAUAUAAACACAUAGCAGAAAAUUUUAAAAAGUAAAAGCAGUACCUUAAUACUCUCACCCUGAAAGACUUUUGUCAUGAGUUACUUUCUAGACAGUGUAGUCUUUGCUUUUUAGGUACUUUUAUUCGUAUUUAACUUGUACUGCUUUUCACCUUAACAUAAGAGAAGUAUUUCAUUAUAAAUAGUUGCUGAAUAUCCUGCUAAUAUGUUUUAGAAUUCCUUUCUGUGAGAACUUUAUAUUUUCUGCUGAUAGUUUGAAAUGAAGUUUCAGUGAUUUGCUUUUUGUAAAACAUUAGAUAGGACCAUUUCCUUGGAUAUGCAGAUGUGAAAAUAAAUCAAGGAAUUUGAAAUUAAGGUUCAUGUUCUAAAUUAUAUUAUGAAUUAUUAGUCUUCAAUUGCCAUGAGAAAGUAUAGUGCCAGGUACACUUUCAUCUGCAUUAAUUAUGUCAAUUACAUAUAAUUUAUUUCUAUUAAAUUAGAAAUACACAUCACAUCCAUUAGCAGAUGAGAAGCUAAAUAUUUUCCCAGGCUUAUUUACUACUUAUUUCUUGUUUUCUUUCCUCAUAUUUUGUUACCCAUUUGUUUGAGUCAUCUGACAAUGUAACAAAACUAUUAUUAACUCAUGAUUUGUCAGUGUUAUGUAGAUUUAUUUACAGUGUCUUUUUGUGUUAGUUGCUUAGAUUUUUGGAAAAUUGCAAUUAAUUUUGAUUAAAUACUUUAUUUUUCCUUUCUUAAGUUUAAGAUUUGAAUGACCUAAGUUCAAAGGGUUUAAUAUGUACUUUUCAGAAACUAAGGAAAGAAGUUUAUAGAUGAGUUUUCUUCUAGAUUUUCUUUAUUUCUAUUUCAGAGUAUAACCCUGCAACGCAAAUUAAUUAGGCUUAUGGCCAUCAUUUCAAAAGGAAAAAUCCUCCCCUACUGAAUUCUUUACCCAGCAUUCUCCAGUAAUUGCCUGGACUUGAUUGCAAGACAGUAGAAUUGAUUUCAGGCAGUGGAAUCUGAUAAUUGUCCUCAGCUGUCCCCCAGAGUAAGAACGUUUUUAUAUGAAUAAGUGUGCAUAAUUGAUUUUUUAACCAAGAAUUUUUUGGCCCUUUAGUAUAGUUUAGAUACUCUUGCAAGUUCCUGUAUAGUAUUAUUUAAAUCAUAAUUAUGAUCUACAAGUAGAGUAAUCUAAUUUUCUAAGUUUCAAGUGCUAGUUUCAUCUAAAUAGUACUAGUUACUAGAAUUAUUUUACAGCAAGAGUUGAUAAAGUAUCUGACUCAUUUAUUGCCUGUUUUUAUAAAUAAAAUUUUGUUAGCACAGAGCCAUAUCCAUUUAUUUACAUAUGGCCUGUGGAUAUUAUUGACAGUACAGUGGCAGAUGGGAGCAUUCAUGACAGAUUGAAUGGCAGGCAAGACCUACAAUAUUUAUUAUCUUUCCUUUUAAAAGAAAAAGUCUGCUAGUCUCUUAGAGAACCACUUUCAAAGAUGAAAACAUAAGGUGAGCCAGUAGGGGAGUGUUGGUGCUAUAGAAUGUGGUAAAGGGAAAGGUGUUACAAGGAGAGUAGAUGAAGUAAACAUUACAGAGUAGAGAAUCAGAUGAAUUUGGUGACAAGGGUCUUGUUAAAGUCUGCUAUACGUGUAAAUGGGUAAAGACAUUUAAACAAUUGAUAUGUUUUCUUUUUCAUUAUAAAAAUGUAAAGCAUAUGAGUGAUAGCCAAGAAAAAUGGGAAAGUAAACCACAGAUUUUAAAUAGCCAUGUUUCAACCAUAGUGGCAUUUUUUUUUCUUUCAUUUUACCCAUUUGCUUUUCUUUUGAAAACAUAGUUGUAAUCAUGUUUUUAAACUAUUCUAUUUAUGUAUAUCAUUAAUGUUCCUUCAUUUUAUUACAUAAUCCUCAAUAUGAUUUGUAAUGAAUAAAUGAUGGUCCCUUCAUGAUUUA